AUGGCGGCUAUGAUGAGAGGAUGUCGAGUGUUAGAAAGAGCUCCAUUUUUGGUGAGUUUCUCCCUGUUUCGACAGUUAGGAUGACAAUCUUUGUGAAACUUAUUUCUCACAAUUUUGAAGAGCAAUGUUUAAAGCUUAAACUAUACUGUUCUCACUGCAGGCGCGAACGCUCAGUAUUUCGUCAGCUCGUUGUGCUGACCUCCCUGCCAAGGUUGGUACUUGCCAGUUUUGUCGUUUUGUUAGCUUGUUUGUUACCUCUUAAUUUAGAUGGUACGGACAAGACUUAUGAUGCCUACUUUUAUAGAAUAUCUGACCGCUUAUGCAAACCACAAUUUGUGAGUAUUUACUGGCCGCUACCUUGACGGACGAUGACUUUCAUUGCUAAGUUUCUCUUUGGGGACAAUAUCAAAAACGGUGUCCGUUUCUUUCGCUUCAAUUCUUUCCCCUGUAUCGUGAAGUUGAUUCGUUGUGAAUCAUAUUUCGUUUCACUGCAUCAACUACUCUAAUAAGGUUUAAGUCGCUUUAAAAACUUAUUUACAUAGUGUCGAUUCUUCGCUCAACCAACUGUACAUGUACUCGAAUUCAAGCUUCUUCGCCCCGAUCAGCCAAGUUGUACGUUGUACAAUGUAUUUCUUUUCCAGAAUAAUGAAUUAUAGUUGUUUAUUGUUUAGUGGUUUACUAGAAGGGAAGCCUUAUUUCACCUGUCAAUACUAGGGAUUAAAUAUUAGGUAGAUAUUAUCAUUGUUUUUUAUUGUAGCCUCCCAUACAAGUGUUUGGUAUAGAGGGAAGGUAUGCCCAUGCCAUGUACUCUGCAGCAGCCAAGCAAAAUACUUUGGAGAAGGUUGAGAGUGAAUUGAGCAAAGUAGAUGAGCUUAUUAGAUCAAAUGAAAAGCUUGCUGAGUAUCUUGCAAACCCUACUCUGGACAAGUAUAAGAAACAAUGUAAGUGUCUCAUAUUAGACAUCUUUUUUAGCUAUUUUGCUUAAGUGUUUGCAUUGUAGCUCACACCUAAAUGAGGCCUAAUGAGAGGUCAAUUAUUUUACAGAAAUGCGCUAUUUGUCCACUCAGAUUCUUAACUAGUAGAGCAAUUCUUAGUUAUCACUUGGGUCAUAUUAUACGAAACUAAAUCAGUGAUUGGCAUUUAUCAUAUUUCUAUGGUUCACCAUCUUAAAUUAUUGUUACCAAAGUGCAUUGAAUGUUGCUGCUUUAUCGCUUCCAGGGCCAAGAAAAAAAUAUACACUGUAUGAAUUCCAAAAUUGAAAACAUUCAAUAGGUGGGUUCCACUGAGUUUUAACGGAAUCAAAAAAUUGCUACAGGUAGUUUCCCAUGAUCUCUGGGCACAGAAAUGAAAAAUUGUUUUCCAUGGGAAUUGAAAUCCUAGGGCUUGCUCUAAUAUAUUUUAAAAGCUGCAAGAGUCCAAUCCAGAUACUGGGUUUUUCUUGGUGUUGCGGAAAACGAAACUAUUGUUGGUUCUAAAAAGCUAUCAUGUUGCACUGCAGGUAUUGUUCCUUGUCUUUUGAAUCUUUUGUAUUUUCCAUUUGGUGAUUGCACUCAUCAACAACACCAAGCUGCCAGAAAACAGCUCAACUAACAUCAAAAGGCCUUUUUGACCCAGCAUCCACAGUCCAAUGGGUUAAUAUUUGCUACUUUGGUUAAAAUAAAUAUCAAGUGGUCUGUUAGAGUCUGUUAGUCAUCAAGUGGUCUGGGGAGCAAGGAAUGGUGCAGUGGCGAGAGCGCUCACCUCCCACCAAUGUGGUCCGGAUUCAAAUCCUGGCGUCAACACCAUUAUGUGGGUUGAGUUUGCUGUUGGUUCUCUGCCUUGCUCCAAGAGGUUUUUCUUCGGGUACUCCGGUUUUCCCCUCUCCACAAAAACCAACACUUCCAAAUUCCAUUUCGACCAGGAAUCAGGUAGACGAAGAACCAUUUUGUGGAUGUGCUACCUCCAAAUCAUUAUUUAUUUAUUUGUUUAUUAAUUUAUUUAUUUGUUAUAUCAGGGGUUGAUCCGUCAGGUAACGUUUUAUUCAUGGUCCAGUGUGAAUGAAUAACUAACUAUUGUGUUUCAUUGUUUUUGCAGCACUUUUAACAGAUGUCUUGAAAUCACAGAAAUACUCUGAUUUGACAGUGAAUCUAUUUGGUGAGUUGCUUCCUUUACAUUGACAAAAACUGUUCAGUUUACAGCUGCAAUGUAUGUUCUGCCUCAUGUGACCGUCAUUGUUGAAAAUUCCAGUGGAGCUUUCAAGGUUACGUUUUGGUUUUGAAACUUCAUUUUAAGAUUUUAAGAUUUUUAAGAUAAGAAUUUUACCUGCAUCUGUAUGAAACCAAGUGUGCCCAAUAUUGUGAGUCUAGCAUAAAUGAUAGAGAGACUUGGGCUACUUUUGAAGGCACUGGACAAAAUUUGAAUUCCUGCAUUUACACCGUUGGUGUUCCUUUCAAACAGAACCACUUGAAGUGUACAAAAAAUUUAGAGGCCCAGAGCCUGUUCAAAGUUCCAUGAGAACCAAGGCAAAAUAUUAAACAAUCCCAUGUGAAUGAAGUGUCUGGUCAAAUUUUUCAGGUGCUCGAACAAUAUUUGUUUGUUGCUCUGUGAACUUAGCCGAAAAGCUUUAAUCUACAAAAUUCAGGGUUCAUAACAAAAUCCUUUAAAUAUACUUUCAAGUAAAAUUAAGAUCUUCUUGUUACCUAAAUAAAGACACCAGUAAAUCACCAUGGGCCACAAGGCACUGUUAGAGUACAGCCCUGAUUGGUGCUUUAACAGUAAAUAUUUCAAAUUGCAGGAACUUUGGCAGAGAACAAUCGGCUACGUUUAGCCAACAACGUUGUGUCUGCCUUUGGCAAACUUAUGAGCGCUGCCAGAGGGGAAGUGUUGUGUUCUGUAACAACUGCUAAGGUUUGUUCUUAUUCACUAGUACCUAAUAUGUGUAAGACCAGCGUGCAAAGAAAGUCAUGUCCAAUAGCCUGGAGCUAGUGGAUUUGCAAUCGGACUAGUGAAUUCUGACUUCUCAACUUGCUCGAAGGGCAAGUGAAGUAUUUUGGGAAAUUCAAAUUACAGAAGAACUGUAAUCAAUGCUGCUCAUCAAAAUCUUUUGGAGGCUACUUAAAAGACUCUUGGGCUAGUACAUACUAGCAACAACUUGCCCGUCGGAAUGGCAAGUGGUAAAACCGACACUCUUUGCACCCUGAAGUCCUUUUUUUGUGACAGAUUUUAUGGUUUUGUCUCUUUUAGGAUUCCGUCAUUAAAUAUAAGUGUAACUGAAAAAUGCAAUCUAAAAUGCAUGCAUGGUGUGGCUUUUACUAAAAAAAAAAAGAAUGAGAGAAAAUAUUGAUGUUAGGGAAAUGCUAGCAUGUGUAGCAGUUGUUUCUGUUUCCUUUUAGCCGAGCUAGACAAUGUAAAAAAAGUGAGCACACAUUUAGGUAUUGGGUGAAAAGGAAAAAAAUUGUGUCUUUUGUAAUUUGUCCUGCUCCACCAAAAGGAAGUGGCUGAAACAACUGCCACUGUACACUUGCUAGGGAAAAUCCACAGCCAGAUGAAAAACAGUUAGAAGACGACGAGAAACUCAAGAUUUUUUUUCGUAAGAGAUGAAACCCCAAGUCUUUUAACAUCAUUUUCAUAUCCUAGUGAUAUAGUGUUGGUGCCCCUGUCCAGCCUAUAACAGGGAGGUUAAGAAAUCACAGUGUCAAAAAAUGCCAUUGGAAAGAGGAUCUCUUAAUUAAUAGUUCUAUCGAGGCUGUAAAUUUUCGCAAACGUGAUCACUGAUGAUGGGAUCUGAAUGGGUCCGAAACCUCUGCUACACUUUCAACAAAUUGUUGGUGAUGACGAAUAUUUUUUCUGUAAUAAUUCUUUAGUUGUUUAAUAAAUUAUUGUAAACUUGAGUGACCAAGGUGUCCCUUUGUUAAAAAAAAAAUAUAGGAAUGUUGUUGCUGAGCUUACAUUUGCAUGCUUUAUUAUUAUAUGUUUUUCGUAUUAGGAGCUGGAUGCAUCACAAAUGAAAGAGCUUCAGGCAGCAUUGAAAGGUUUUACACAAAAGAAUGAAACCCUCAAGCUUGAAACCAAGGUCAGAUUACAUGAAUUCUGGUCACAUUUGCAUGUAUGCUACAUGUAGUACAGGUGAACUUUGUUGUGGCAAAGUGCCAAGGGAGUGUUUUAAUCCCAAUAAAAGGCUCUGUUAGCUGGCCUUCUUUUAAGCACAAUGUUCUUAAAACACACAUUGUUUUUCAUCUUGUUUUGCUUCAAUGUUGCGAAACAAGUUGCAGUACGUUCUGCUGUCCAUUUUAUUGUACCUUUAUAAGCUACAUGUAAAUUAUAAAGCAAUAGUAUUCGAUCUGGUUUUAGUAAAGCACUUCUUUUGUGUUUUUCAGGUUGAUCCCACAGUUAUUGGAGGGAUGAUUAUUGAAAUUGGUGACAAACACAUUGACAUGUCUAUGGCAACAAAGAUAAAAAAUAUUACUAAUGCUCUGCGAGCCAGUGUGUAA